CGGGAAACUUGAAAAUAAUUUGACAUCAAAAUCAAAACAAUAAUAAAUAACAUGAAAUGAGAUGAGAAUCCUAAAAACUUUCGAUAAGCUUUACCACAACAUUCAACAAUUUCCCUUAUUAAAAAUCAAUAAAUCUCUCUUCCACACAAUCCCUAUAAAAAUGGUAAAAUUUCUGGGUCAAGAAGAAGCGAUAAACAUCGAUGUGGAACUGUUCAACGAAUACAAGUACUCUGUGGAUCAGCUAAUGGAAUUAGCUGGCCUCAGCUGUGCUGUCGCUGUGACUAAAUGCUUUCCGAAAGCUGAAGUUGCUGGUAAAUCGGUUCUAAUUUGUUGCGGACCUGGAAAUAAUGGAGGCGACGGUUUAGUAUGUGCAAGACAUUUAAAACUAUUUGAAUAUAAUCCAGUGGUUUAUUACCCAAAACAAACCGACAAACCUUUGUAUCAAAAUCUUACACAUCAAUGCAUAUCAAUGAACAUUCCAAUUUUACAGAAACUUCCAGAAACUUCAAAAAUUGAAACUGAAUACGGUUUAAUCAUUGACGCUCUCUUCGGUUUCAGUUUUAAACCUCCAGUUAGACCAGAUUUUAUUCCAGUUAUUAAUUUGAUGAAAAGUACUUCAUUACCUAUUGCUAGUGUUGAUAUUCCAAGCGGUUGGGACGUAGAGAACGGAGAACCGACUGAAGGUGGUAUUAAACCAGAAUUGUUAAUUUCUCUGACUGCCCCUAAAAAAUGCGCUUUAAAUUUCAAAGGACGAUAUCAUUAUUUAGGGGGCAGAUUCGUGCCACAUGGAUUAGCUGAAAAGUAUCAAUUAGAUUUACCAAAAUAUCCUGGCACUGAAUGUUGUGUUGCAAUAAAUUAAGUACAAACAAGUUUUUUUUUUUUAAUUUCAGAUACUGGCAUCAAAUAUAUUAAUGACUUUUUAUACAAAUAAAAAACGUUAUCAAUAUUAAUUAUAAUAAUUCUUAUCUAAGGCAGUGUCUUAAAAAUAUAUCACAUUUCAAUAAUAAAAAGAGUGCUAAAAUAAAUUAAAAAGAUUUAACAAAAUGCUAAAAUAGUACCUAACUAAAUAAGUUUUAAAAUAAAUAUAAAUCCCAAUCUAGGAGAACUACGUCAUCUUGUAAAUUUAUAAAUGCAUUUCAUAAAUUGGCAAUUUUGAUUCACUUGAAACAUACGGGGCCAACGUUAAACCCAAAAGCCUGAUUGGAAUUGCCAUAGUCGACAGGAAAAAAAUCGGUUAGGGGAAGUUGAUGUAGUUUUUUCGUCCUUAUUUGGAAAAUUGUUUCGGAUUUGCCUUGUCUAGA